AUGUCCUUGUUGGGUCGUGAUUUGGUUUUUGAUUCUUUGGAGAAGGUGAGAGUCAUUACAGAAAGGUUGAACAUGGCUCAAAGUCGCCAGAAGUUCCGUUCCAUCAUAUGGAGAAGAGAUCUUGAGUUUAGUGUUGACGAUUGGGUUGCUUAUGAGUUGGAGUUACCAUUGGAGAUGGCUAUGGUUCAUCCGAUGUUUCAUGUGUCUAUUUUGAGGAAAUAUGUAGAUGAUCCUAGUUCCACUAUACCUUUGAAAGUAGUAAAUAUUGAAGAAAACUUGACCUAUGAAGAGGUAUCGGUUGAAAGUUUUGACCAGCAAGUCAAGAUAUUGAGAAACAAGGAAGUUUCAUUCCUCAAAGUCCUUUGA